GCUCCAUCCCACUGAUCCCACCCCUCUGUGCUGCGCGCGCGCAAGCGCAUUGGCUCUCAACAGCCGCCAUUUUGUGUUAGGCCUACUCCUCCAAAGCGGGAGAAAAUUAAUAGCUCUGCGCGGAGCAGACGGCGUCCGCAGCAAGAGCAAAAGGAACACACGCUGUCGCUGAGCUUCCUCUUGAAUAUAGCGGGGAAAGCAACCAACAGGGAGGUGUUGGUUAGCCCAUUUCCAUGGAGGGCGAGGUCGUUACCAUAGAGGCAGCUCAGGCUGCUGUUAUGGCCUCUGAAGGAAAGGUCCUGCCAGAAGGCGGGGAGGCUCUAAUCCAAGAGGAUCAGAGCGAAGUGGCUGGCAACAUGGACAUGAUGGUGAUGGAUGCUCUCGAUCCAGCUCUGCUGCAAAUGAAAACUGAGGUUUUGGAAGGAGGUGGCACGGUUACAGUUACUGGUGGAGAUGAGGGUCAGAUAAUCACCCUCCAGGUGGUGAAUAUGGAAGAGCAGGCAGGUGCUGCCUUAGGGCUUGGUCAGCUCCAGCUGGUUCAAGUACCAGUCACAACAACAACUGUAGGUGGGCUCGAAGCCACUUUUGUUGAUGCAUCAGAAGUGACCAAGGAUGCAGAACCAGUUAUCUGUCACACUCUUCCCUUGCCUGAAGGCUUUCAGGUUGUUAAAGUUGGUGCCAACGGUGAAGUAGAGACUGUAGAGCAGGAGGAGCUCCAGGCAGCCCACGAAGAGCUUGAAGCUGUACAAGAGGAAGAUGAAGAGGAGGACGAAGAGACGGGAGAAAUUGAACCUUCGGUUCCCCACCAAGAUGACCCAGAUUGGUCAAAGGAUCCAGAUUAUCAACCCAUUGCAGCUGUCCGCAAAGGAAAGAAAGGGAAGAAGAGUCGGCUUCGUUACGCAGAUGGUGACCGUGACAUGGAUGUGUCUGUGUAUGACUUUGAGGAAGAACAACAAGAGGGUCUGCUGUCAGAAGUGAACGCAGAAAAGGUUGUGGGCAACAUGAAGCCUCCGAAGCCCACAAAAAUCAAGAAAAAGGGUGUUAAGAAGACUUUCCAGUGUGAGCUCUGUAGCUACACGUGUCCAAGGCGCUCUAACUUGGACCGACACAUGAAGAGCCACACAGAUGAGAGACCACACAAAUGUCACUUAUGUGGGAGAGCCUUCAGAACGGUCACGCUGCUGCGAAACCACCUCAACACACACACAGGCACGCGGCCACAUAAAUGCACGGAUUGUGACAUGGCAUUUGUGACCAGCGGUGAGCUGGUGCGUCAUCGUCGUUACAAGCACACUCAUGAGAAACCCUUCAAGUGUUCGAUGUGUGACUAUUCCAGUGUGGAAGUGAGUAAGUUGAAAAGGCACAUUCGCUCUCACACAGGGGAGCGACCCUUCCAGUGCAGUCUGUGCAGCUACGCCAGCAGAGACACUUACAAGCUAAAAAGACACAUGAGAACACACUCUGGAGAAAAGCCGUAUGAGUGCUACAUUUGUCAUGCUCGCUUCACACAGAGUGGCACCAUGAAGAUGCACAUUCUGCAGAAACAUACAGAGAAUGUGGCCAAGUUCCACUGUCCACACUGUGACACAGUCAUCGCACGCAAGAGUGACCUUGGUGUUCACUUGAGAAAGCAGCACUCAUUCAUUGAGACGGGCAAGAAAUGCCGUUACUGUGAUGCUGUGUUUCAUGAGCGCUACGCUCUCAUCCAGCAUCAGAAGACUCACAAGAACGAGAAGCGCUUCAAGUGUGACCAGUGUGACUACUGCUGCCGACAGGAACGUCACAUGAUAAUGCACAAGCGUACACACACGGGGGAGAAGCCGUUUGCUUGUAGCCAGUGUGAUAAGACCUUCCGUCAGAAACAACUCCUGGACAUGCAUUUCAAGCGUUAUCACGAUCCAAAUUUUAUCCCCACUGCUUUUGUCUGCAGCAAGUGUAGCAAGACAUUUACUCGCAGGAACACCAUGCUGCGUCAUGCUGAAAACUGCAUGGGUGAAGUUCCUGGGGAUGAAAACGGAGCCCCAACUCCGAAGAGAGGCCGUCGUGGCAGGAAGAGGAAGAUGCAGUCCAGGAGGGAUGAUGAUGACGAUGACGAUGAUGACAACGAUGAUGAUGACAACACUGAGGGUGAACUGGAUGAAGCUGAGGAGGAGGAGGAUGAUGAACUACUGACUGAAAUUGAGGUGGAGCAGGCUGCACCAGUUGUCCCCAUCCCAGCACCAGUGGAGCCCCCAGUCAAGAGGAAACGUGGGCGCCCCCCAAAGAAUAAGCCUGAAACGGCUGCCAUUAUUCGCGUGGAAGAUGAGGUCACUGGGGAGGUCGAUGACAUCAUUGUGAAGAAGGAGGUUGGAGCCGAACAAGACGAUGCUGCAGAGGAGGUGGUGGUUGGUGGAGUAACGUCAACCAUUCAGAUGGAGGAGCUGGUUCAGGAAGGUGAAGCAGCACAGGAGCUGACUGUGGCGCCACCUAAUGGAGACCUGACCCCUGAGAUGAUCCUCAGCAUGAUGGACCGAUGAUGGGUGUGAAGGUGGAAUCUGUUGUUUUUUAAAGAAAAAGACCCGUCCCAUACACUUGAUUUUUAUUUUUUUGGCAUUUAGGAUAAACACUUGCAUCAUGCACAGAAACAAAACUUCAUUGUUAUUUAAAAAAGAUUACGUUCAUCAUGUGCUGAUAUAGACUUGAACGAGUGGGGGAAACUUUUAAUAUGGAUUUACCAAACCAAAAAAAUGAAUUUUUAUACAGUUUGGAGUGGCUGUAAUUUAUAGCAGUGGUUUUCUCUGAAUGAUUAGGCAGAGAAGGAUCUCUGAUUUUUAUGAAAGUAUCCCCGGCUGCAUUUGAACAACAUGGUUGAUCAUCUGACCCUUUCUUCUGAUGGUUUUUCCUCAGCAUGUUUUGUCUUCUCUGUCCUAGUGAGGCAAAGCUAGUUGUUCAUGGUACUAUACUUAUUGUGUGGAGUUUGUUUAGAGUACCUAAAACUCGCACAAAUAACGCUAACAGAAGACCUUUUAGUUACCUUUUUGUGUGGACAGAAGCCUAGUUUUAGAGAUGAGCUUAAACAAAUUGAGAUGGAUAAUUAUAUAAAGGAUUCUUUUCUGAAUGAUACUGCCACUAAUCACAGCCACUUCAAAGUAAGAACUAUAAAAUAUUGGAUAUUUUGGUUUUCUGUGGUUAGUAAAUACUUUUUUUUAAAGCUUAUACUAGUUUUUAAAAGCUUAAUAGACUGCUUAUCUCCUGCUUCUUUCCUGCUACUGUAAAACCUGUAGAAGAUGUGUAUGUACUAAACAUUAUCUCUGAGUGCAAGGGGGAAAAUAAUUGUUUUGCUCUCAUGUGUUGUCAUUCCACUUUGAGAUUUCCUUCUGUACCACUGGCAAAGCUACGUAGCUGCUUGAUCAACCUGUGUGGCAGAAGAGAGCAGAUGUAUGACUGUACAACCAAUAAAACAAAAGUAGUCUUGGAACUAAUGUUUAGGUUUCUGCAGCUGUAAUAACUUGCAACGUGUUUUAAAGAACAGCUGGUUUGGUUCAGCGGUUAAUGUUAUUGGUUCAGUUACACAAAAUAAAUUGCUUGACUCACUUUAUUAAAAUUGGCUGAGAAACAACAGAAUAACAAAUGUCAGCGUAUUUUGCUUGCAAAUAUAUUUUAUUAAAUGGGAAAAUUUGGA